GAAGCGCUUCUUGGGGAACUGUUUGCAGCCUGAUGCUGAUCUGACUAGUGAUGAUACCCUUCAUGCAGUGCAGUUCUGGGGGGACUGAGGGAGUUCAUGCUCACGGGUGGGCUGCUCCUCACUCCAUUGUGCCCAGCAAGACCUUAUGCCCCUGGGAUCAUGGCGAGCAGAGUACUGUGCUCAGCAGCGUGGGGUGCCCGGAGCAUGGCAGGUAGGGAGAUGUUUUCCUGUCAGCUCCCCCACCCUGAGGACCUGAUGCAGUAAGUCUCUGGGUGAGUAACCCUUAUCUAGGUGAGUGGCUGAAUUUAAGCCAGCAAGGCUGGAGGACUUGGUGGGUGAACACAUCCUUUGGAGCAGGUCACUGCAGGGAGGGUGGAACAGGAGUUGGAGGUGAGACUAGAGCUCAGCUUUGGUGUCAAAAACGUCUCUGAAGUUUUUCAGACUUUUCAGACUUCCUGCUGACUCCCCAAUAGUCUCAGCUGCUACAUCAGAAGGAAUUAGAAGGAUCCCUGUGAACCUUGAACCCCAGGUUUGAAGCCUCCUGGAGAUGCACUUGAACCUUGCUGGAGAAGCUGAAGUCAGGAUCAGGCCAGUGCAAGCACAGCCCAGGGGUGCUCAGCUCUGAUAUCGUUCCCCUGUCACCAGCACCAGCUUCCUCCUGCCAGCUGGUACCAGGCUUUUAUGCCAGUGCGUGAUGCCACUGGGCUUUUCUAGGGUCAGAAAAUCAUGGGCCAGAAAUCCCAUUGAAGCCUGUUGGGGAGCAGGGAGCAGAGCGAUGGAAGGAGGAAGGCUGGGAACAAAAGCUCUGGGUGUGUGGAAAGGAUCUGUUGCGAAGAACUGAUUCAGUGGAGGAUGUUUUGCUGGAGUAGCCUCAGGGAAAUGCUGCAUUUGCUUUGGUUACAGCUGGGUGGUAGCCUGGGACAUACAUUUUCUGGUCAUGUGCAUUUCUGUUUCUCUGCUGCUGCUGCUGGAGCAUCCCUGCUGCGAUAACGUGGAGGGAAGGCACCUGGUGAGGCUUCCCACUGUCCCCAAAAUUGCACCUGCUUGCAGUGUACUUGCCCUGGGUACCUGAGCAGUCCUGGAGCUGCUUUCCUGGCUCCUGGAACACCUCACCACCCGGGGAUGGGGUUUGCUGGCACCAUCGGUGUGUGGCACACCAUUCCCAGGACCCACUUGGUUGGGGUGGCAGUUUGCAUCUCUUGAACGUUGCAGACAUCAGGCUAUAACAAUGUGAGGGUGGCAGCGUUGUACAACUGCUAGUAUUUGAGAUGCGGCUGUGAUGCUUCUCCCUCCCCACUGCCUUUCUGAGCUCGAUCUCAAGAGAAAUGACUUCAUCCAGAGCUGCAACAGCCUAUCUUGGCACGGGGACAUCUUUGCUCCUGAGGUCCGCAUUGGUGGACAGCGAGGGACCCUCUGCAGAGUGCUGGCAAGGCAGUGCAGUUUGUAAAGCCAUCGGUUGUGGGGUUGGGUUAGGAGUCCUGGAACUUGGGGUUUCCAGUGUGGAAAAAUCCAAUUAGGGCCCAGCCACAGGAGCUGAGCUGUGGGUGAAAAUGCUCCUUGCCCUGGGGCAAUACAUCAGCCACACAGCCCCCAGCAUGGUCUCUGCUCGUCUGCCCACAAUCCUCCUUCCUUGCCUCAGAACAGUGGGGUUAUGCGGUGCUGGUGCCACUUCCUGACUUACCGGCCUGCUCUGGUUGUGUACUGGAAUUGCACCGGCUUUGUUCGCCUUUUAGUAGUCUCAGUGUGGUGUGUGAAGAGUGUGGGAGGAACAACAGCUUCUCUUGCUCCCGUUACACCCGGUGGAAAGAGUUUCCCACUGACUUCAGUGGAAACGUCUCCCUGGGGAGCGCUGGCCGGAGCCGCUCACGCCACCGUAAAUCAGGGCUUGUUCUCCGGAAGCCGCUGGCGUGCCGAGAACGUAAUACCGGGUAAUUGAGGAACAAGCCAUGCUUGCAGUCUCCUGUCCUGGUUCAGGGUUGCCAGCUCUCAUAAGGAACUCUUUAUGUGAGAGUCUUGGCUGGCGUUCAGAGCCAGGGUGAGGGGAGACGAGAAGAAAACGUAAAUUUUCUGGUGCAGUGGAGGAGCUGGGCAUUUGAAAUGGCACACAGGGCACAACCACAAAACAGCUGGAAGAAAGAAGGAUUGGACACUUUCACCCCCCCUGAAAUCUUACAGCUUGUCUUUUAAACCCCUGUAAAAUGUUUGUCAAGGGACCCGAGUCAUCACUUUUUGCUGCUUUGGUUCAGUUUCCUGGCUGCUGGCUUUAGGAGGUUACUUAUUUGGAUCACAGGAGCAGGGGAUAAAGUAAUUCUUGGGAACUCAGGUGGGUUUGAUUGUAGGAAUAUCGUUAAAGUGUCAGGAAAACAAACAAGUGUAGUACUCAGCAAGAAGGGCUUCGCUUUUUAUUUCUCUGCUGCUUUUGUUGAGGCUUUGGGUUUGGGCUGUCAGAUUUUCUGCCUAUAGCCAGCAGGAAAAAGCUCUGUCUAGAACAGUCUCCUUCCCCCCAGCCCUGGAUUUUCCAUCAUCACGUGAUUCCAGAAGCUGAAGAUUUAGGAAGAAACAUCAGCUGUCAUGAGCCUGAUUUUAAAAGUAAGACAAGCUGGGAACAUAAGUUCUGCUGUUGAACAGCAAGUCCAGGGCUGUGCUGCUGUUUAAACCCAGGUUUAUAAUCCCCCAAGCAGAGUCUAAAGCUAUUGGGAAGGAGUUGAGAAUUUAUCAGGCGCAGUUCUCAUUAUAACCCACCACAUUUUGGAUAGGGGCUUUGGACAAGGGCCUGUAGGGACAGGACAAGGGGGGUUGAGGUGACAGAGCGUUUAACCUGGCAGAGGGGAGACUGAGAUGAGAUCUUAGGAAGAAGUUCUUCCCUGUGAGAGUGAUGAGGCCCUGGCACAGGUUGCCCAGAGAAGCUGUGGCUGCCGCAUCUGUGGUAGUGUUUAAGGCCAGGACGGAUGGGGCUUGGAGCAACCUGGUCUAGUGGAAGGUGUCCCUGCCCAUGGCAGGGGGUUGCAACUGGAUGAGCUUUAAGGUCCCCUCCAACUCAAACCAUUCUAUGGUUCUGUGAUUCUAUGAGGUUUUGUGUCGCUGGCAUACAAAUCCGUCUCAGGAUGAAGCUUCACACAUCAAGGGGCAGCAUCUCCCUGCUGCAAAAGCAGGCCCAUAAAAUUCUUUUGGAAAAGAUGGGAUCAUCACCUCCAUGCAGGGUGAAGGUGGCCACCAGCCUCUGGGGACAUCAGUGGUGGUCUGUGUGGCUUGAUGUCAAUGUGCCAGGGCAAUGAGCAUUGCUCAUAAGUACCUAUUAAUUAAUGCUUAGUUAUGUUAUCAGGGGAAGGGCUAUGGGAAUGGAAUGGUGCCUGAGGUGGAGGGACCUGUAUGCUGUCCACUGCUGGGGCUGCUGGCAGGGCCUUUCUGCCGGGCAUGCAUGUGAUUUUGGCAUGUGUUUAUGUUAGAAAGCAGUUAAAGAUGUUUCCCAUCCCUUAAGUGAUGAUUUUUUUUUUUAUCCCCCUCUCACGUGCACUGUGUGGUGCUGGCUGGAAAUAGGAAUUCAAUUAAAAUUCAGAAAGCCAGCAUUUCUGUUUUCAGUAACUCAGAAAAGCCUGUAACAGCCAGAACACAUCAAGUACACUGCGAGUGCAGGAGGUUCCUCCUGCACCUGCACGGGAGCCGCGCUGGCUGUGUGUCCCUCAGGGGCUGCCCUGCUCUCUUCCACUUCACAGGAUCUGUCUUUAAUUAAAUCAACUCUUUCCUCCAAAUCUGGUGGUUGAAACAGAUACACCCCCCUCGUCGUGACGCUAUGCCCAGCUCUUCUUGCACAGCUGCCCAUGCCCAAUGGGUACUGUGGUUUUCAGCUCCAGCACGGCGAAGGGAACUGGCUGUUGCAGCAUGUGUACCUUUUCUUUGGGCGGUUGCGUGCGGAGUUUGAUGUGAUCACCAGGAUCCACAGCGACAACACGAUCUUUUCUGCCCUAAAUCACAGGUUUCCCUAAAUUGAGCCCUAGAGGAAGCUUGUAGUCAAAGGGAAAUGUGCAGUCAGCCAAAUCCGUGCUUGCCGGCGGAGAUUGGGAUGGGGUUGCUCCGACUGGCUCAUCCAUUGUUCCUGCCCUGCCCUGCCCCUCGCUUGCCCUUUCUCUAUGUCUGAGCAGCAGGCCCAGAGCUGCUGCUGCUCUGGAAACCACAUGCGGAUUUGUGAGCAGGGCAUGCCGUGGGUGCAGGAUGUGCAGUGACCACAGGGAAGCCCUGCCCUCUGUGCAGCACUCGGCUCUCCUGCUCUUCGGGGACAUGAUUUCUCGCUGACUGCCUGGAGCUGCUGCUGCUGGAGUCCAUGGCGUACACCAUGAUUCCCACGCCUGCAGGGCCUGUUGGCUCCCAGUACUGUGUCUGCAAGGUCGAGUUGUCUGUCUGCGGCCAAAACCUUCUGGACAGGGAUGUCACUUCCAAAUCUGACCCCUUCUGCGUCCUCUUCAUGGAAGUCAACGGGAAGUGGAUGGAGCUUGACAGGACAGAGACAGCCGUGAACAACCUCAACCCAGCUUUCGCCAAGAAGUUUAUCGUUGACUACCACUUUGAAGAAGUUCAGAAGCUCAAGUUUGCCCUGUUUGACCAGGACAAGUCAAGCAUGCAGCUAUAUGAGCAUGAUUUCCUCGGCGAAUUCUCCUGCACACUGGGCAUGAUCGUCUCCAGCAAGAAAAUAACAAGGACUCUCCUUUUGGGGAAUGGCAAGCCAGCUGGGAAAGGGAUGAUAACGAUAGCUGCCCAAGAGCUCUUGGACAACAGGGUGGUUACGCUGAACAUGGCCGGCAGAAAACUGGAUAAAAAGGACCUGUUUGGAAAGUCAGACCCUUUCUUGGAGUUCUAUAAACCAGGUGACGAUGGGAAAUGGAUGCUGGUCCACAGAACGGAGGUGAUCAAGUACACACUGGACCCCACCUGGAAGCCCUUCACUGUGCCUUUGGUCUCACUGUGCAAUGGAGAUGUGGAGAAGCUGAUAAAGGUGGUGUGUUACGACUAUGACAGUGAUGGGGGACAUGACUUCAUCGGGGAGUUUCAGACCUCGGUGGCCAGGAUGUGCGAAGCCCAAGAUGUCUUUCCACUUGAGAUGGAGUGCAUUAACCCCAAAAAGCAAAAGAAGAAAAAGAAUUACAAGAACUCGGGGAUCAUCAUUGUCAAGUCCUGCAAAAUAACCAGAGAUUUCUCCUUCUUGGACUACAUCCUGGGAGGCUGCCAGCUGAUGUUUACCGUUGGGAUUGACUUCACAGCCUCCAAUGGGAACCCGCGAGACCCUUCCUCUUUGCACUACAUCAACCCCAUGGGGACAAACGAGUACUUGUCAGCUAUAUGGGCUGUUGGCCAGAUCAUCCAGGACUAUGACUCAGACAAGAUGUUUCCUGCUCUGGGAUUCGGUGCCCAGCUCCCGCCAGACUGGAAGGUAUCCCAUGAGUUUGCCAUUAACUUCAAUCCCACAAACCCAUUCUGUUCAGGUGUGGAGGGCAUUGUCCAAGCAUACUCGGCCUGCCUGCCCCACAUCCGCUUCUACGGACCCACCAACUUCUCCCCUAUCGUCAACCAUGUGGCUCGCUUUGCGGCUCAGGCCACCCAACAGGAGGCCGCAUCUCAAUACUUCAUCCUUCUCAUCAUCACAGAUGGGGUGAUCAGUGACAUGGAUGAGACGAGACAUGCUGUGGUGCAGGCAUCCAAGCUGCCCAUGUCCAUCAUCAUUGUGGGGGUUGGCAAUGCUGACUUUGCUGCCAUGGAGUUCCUGGACGGGGACAGCCGGGUGCUGCGUUCCCACACAGGCGAGGAGGCUGUGCGUGACAUCGUCCAGUUUGUGCCCUUCCGGGAUUUCCGCAACGCCCCCAAGGAGACCCUGGCCAAAGCUGUGCUGGCAGAGCUGCCCCAGCAAGUUGUGCAGUACUUCAAGCACCAAAACUUGCCACCCAUCAACUCAGAGCAGGCAUAGAGCUGUGCCAGAUUGUGCCUGCUGCAUGUUGCCGAAGCCCGUUGGUCCUACUGGAAAUGCAUGUUCCACAUGCUUUUAAGAGAAGAAUACCCCCCUGAAACACUUUGUACUUCUUAAUUUAAUUGCUAAGUUCUUAAAAGUCAUCCCGGAGAAGCGUCUGGAUUCAUUUUGUACAGUCCCGGCCUGAGGUGACACUGAGCAGUCUGGCCAUGCCCUGGUCCUACUCUGUUGAGUCACUUCUCAGUAUUGAAUGUACUUUGUAUAAUUUCAGUGGAACAGGAUACAAUUUUUAGAACAAAACUUGCUUUUUCCAAGCAAUGAAAUGCUUAAUAUAUUAUUAGCAUUCAAUGAACUGGUCAUUGUAUAAUUCAUGUAUCUGUGUUGUACCUGUACAUCUAUCAUGCUCUACAUUCAUUUUUAUACUGUGUACAUGUUAUAUUUGUUAUACUCAGGUUAAUAAAGAAACUUGGACAUUUAAAACAAGGGUCUUCUAGAGGAGAAGGUCUGGGAGCACCUUACGAGGUCAGCAGUGCAGGGUGUUUGAGAGUCACACUGACGAGAGCAGCCGCUCACCCUACACUUAGCAGUUCUGCUUGCUGUGCCCUGGGACCAGCCCCAGGCCACCAAUGGCAACGUGCUGGAAGAUGCUUUACUGGAGGUGGAGGUGAAUAUGGAUGUCCAAGGGAGAGCAGCAUCCCCACACCUUCCCCAUCAGCUCUCAUAUUGAGAGCAGGCCAGAGGAGGACUUGGCAGUGUUGGGUGAGAAGCUCUUCAUGACCCGGCUUCAGUGUGUGCUUGAGCCCAGAACCCCGCUGUGUGCUGGGCUGCAUCCUCAGAGCGUGAGCAGCAGGUCAAGGGAGGGGAUUCUCCCCCUCUACUGUGCUCUGGGGAGACCCUCCCUGCAGUCCUGCAUCUAGCUCUGGGGCAGCAACACGAGAGGGAUGUGGAGCUGUUGGAGCAAGUCCAGAAGAGGCCAUGGAGAUGCUGCGAGGGCUGGAGCACCUCUACUCUGGAGACAGGCUGAGAGAGCUGGACUUGUUCAGCCUCGAGAAGAGAAGGUUCCGGGGACACCUUAGAGCAGCUCCCAGUGCCUAAAGGGGCUACAGGAAACCUGUAGAGGGGCUUUGGACAAGGGCCUGUAGGGGCAGGACAAGGGGGAAUGGCUUUAACCUGACAGGUGGGAGACUGAGAUGAGAUCUUAGGAAGAAGCUCUUCCCUGUGAGGGUGCUGAGGCCCUGGCACAGGUUGCCCAGAGAAGCUGUGGCUGCCCCAUCCCUGGCAGUGUUCAAGGCCAGGUUGGACGGGGCUUGGAGCAACCUGGUCUAGUGGAAGGUGUCCCUGCCCGUGGCAGGGGGUUGGAACUGGAUGAGCUUUAAGGUCCUUCCAGCCCAAACCACUCUGUGAUUCUAGGAUUCAGUGCCUACCUGAGCCGAGGGCAGGGAGCUGGUGUGUGCACACACCAUGUGUGUGGGGAAAACGCCAGUGAACCUACAACCAAGUGGCAAAGGGAGCUGCAUAGUUCACUGCUGCUUUAUACCUAGACAUUUUUCCAAGUCUGAGUAACAAAAGCUCCCUGCUGCCUGGGAGAAGAUGGGCUGGAUAAUAAAAUCCUGCUUUCCCAGCAGCUCCUUUGAGCUGCUCAUCAGCAACAUGCUAUCUCCAGUGCUAAUUGCUGCUUUCUUCUGUUGUUAACUAGAUGAAGGGCUUUUGAAGCUGGCAGGUAGAGAGUUGAAUACAGUGCAGGGAUCACCAGUCUCACUCCAAACUCAGGCUUCAUCUCCCUUCUCCCCAUUAGCAAAAGCACUUGGGUGGGAGGUUGGCACCUGUGUGAAGCCUACAGCCCAUUUGCAUGCACGUGAGCUACUGGCUGUGCUCAUUGCCGCUGACCACUAC